AGGUAAUAACUUGACAAAAUUGAUAUUAUAAUUGAUGUUUAGAUAUAUAAUACUUAAUUAUAUAGAAAAAUAAAAUUUCCUGUAACUUUUUAUUUGCUAUUUAAUGUUUUUUACAUAAUAUGAAUUUAUUAUAAUGGAAGUUUUAUUUUAAAUGAAAUUAAUAAAGAAUUGUUAUACAAUUUAAAAAUAAUAGAAAUCUAUCUACAUUAUUUCGUAUAAAUUAAAAUUUUUAUUUAUAUAAAUGUAUAUAUUUCUGCAGAAAGUGUAAUUUUCUUAAUAAUUUAUAUUUUUACAUUUUUUAAAAUUAUUAUUAUUAUAUUUGAAAAUGUUUUUUAAUAUUAUAUAUAAUAUGCUUAACAAACUAGAUGCGAAAUUCAUUAAUUAACAUAGACUUAACAUAAUAAUAUAUUUAUGUGUAAUAUAAAUGAAUUCUAGUUGGAAAGUAUCAUAAAUUUUUAAUGUAAAAUUUAUGUUAAUAAAUAAUGAUAUAGAUAAUGUAAAAUUAUUUAUAUCAGUUAUCGUAUAUGAUAAUGAAAGUUUUUAAAAACACUUUUAAAACUUUUCUAAAUUUAUGAUUACAUUUUUUUUAGUAAUUUGUAAUAAAAAUUUUCUACAUGUAAAUUAUUGACAUUUUAAUGCUUUUUGUUAUAAUUAUUACAAAUUUUCAUAUAUAAAUUUUCAUAUAUAUAUUUAAAAAAAAUUUUUUAUAUGAAGUUUAUUUUUGCAUUUUAUAUAAAUAUUUAUAUUAUUAUAUUAUUAUAAUAAGAAUUUUUUUAUUUCAUAUCUAAUUUAUUAAACAUAUAUUAAAUUCAAUUUUAAAUAAAAAAAAAAUUUUAAAAUAUACAAUGCGCACGUGCAAAUUUGACUAUGGCGUCAUCUAACAUCAUUUUUAAGAAUCUCUCCCUCGUGCCGGCCAACAUCAUCAGGUCACGUGACAAUAGCAUAUUGAUACGUGUCGACAAAGGGAGCCACGACUCGCUACAGUUUGCCAAUCGAGCAUACGCAGCCAAGUUUUCUCGGAUUCUUGUUUUAAACUAGUAUCUUUGCAGCAUUGUCAAUUCUAAAGUGAGUAGGAAGUGUUCUAAUAUCGUGAUCCUUAGAAUAGUUAUACCUCGGAUUCAAAAUGGGAUUUAAAUUUUUAGAAGUAAUAAAGCCGUUUUGUAGUAUACUCCCAGAAAUAGAAAAGCCGAAACGAAAAAUACAAUUUCGAGAAAAAGUAUUAUGGACUGCAAUUACAUUGUUUAUUUUCUUAGUAUGUUGUCAGAUUCCUUUAUUUGGAAUUAUGUCUUCAGAUAGUGCAGAUCCUUUUUAUUGGAUUCGAGUUAUACUUGCAUCAAAUAGAGGAACUCUUAUGGAAUUAGGAAUUUCUCCUAUCGUUACAUCUGGUUUAAUCAUGCAAUUAUUAAGUGGUACGAAAAUAAUUGAAGUUGGAGAUACUCCAAAAGAUAGAGCUCUUUUUAAUGGUGCUCAGAAAUUAUUUGGAAUGGUUAUUACUGUUGGUCAAGCCAUUGUAUAUGUAAUGACUGGAAUGUAUGGUGAUCCAACAGAAAUUGGAGCUGGUGUUUGUUUAUUAAUUAUUAUUCAAUUAUUUGUUGCUGGAUUGAUUGUAUUAUUAUUAGAUGAAUUACUCCAAAAAGGAUAUGGAUUGGGAAGUGGAAUUUCACUUUUUAUUGCUACAAAUAUUUGUGAAACAAUUGUAUGGAAAGCAUUUUCUCCAACUACUGUUAAUACAGGGCGUGGUACGGAAUUUGAAGGUGCUGUAAUUGCACUAUUUCACUUAUUGGCUACAAGACAAGACAAAGUUCGAGCUCUUCGUGAGGCAUUUUAUAGACAAAAUCUUCCUAAUCUUAUGAAUUUACUUGCUACAAUUCUAGUAUUUGCUAUUGUAAUUUAUUUCCAGGGUUUCCAUGUUGAUUUACCAAUCAAAUCUGCUAGAUACAGAGGACAAUAUAGCAGUUAUCCUAUCAAACUGUUUUAUACGAGCAAUAUUCCUAUAAUUCUUCAAUCUGCUUUGAUAUCUAAUUUAUAUGUCAUUUCACAAAUGUUGGCUGUCAAAUUUCAAGGAAACAUUAUUGUGAAUCUAUUGGGAGUAUGGUCUGACAUUGGCGGCGGUGGUCCUGCACGAUCUUAUCCUGUUGGAGGAUUAUGUUAUUAUUUAUCGCCACCAGAAUCUGUAGGACAUAUUCUUCAAGAUCCUAUUCACGCUAUUCUUUAUAUUUUGUUUAUGCUUGGAUCUUGUGCUUUCUUUUCGAAAACAUGGAUUGAGAUUUCUGGUAGCUCAGCAAAAGCUGUUGCAAAACAAUUAAAAGAACAACAAAUGGUAAUGAGAGGUCAUAGAGAUAAUUCUAUGAUCCAUGAAUUGAAUAGAUAUAUUCCAACUGCAGCAGCAUUUGGUGGAUUGUGUAUUGGUGCUUUAUCUGUAUUAGCUGAUUUUCUUGGUGCAAUUGGUUCAGGUACUGGUAUUUUACUUGCAGUCACAAUUAUAUACCAGUACUUUGAAAUCUUCGUUAAAGAACAAAGUGAAAUGGGUGGUAUGAGUACACUACUUUUCUAAAUUUAAUUUACAUAGACUUUAAAAGUGAACUUUUUUAAUUCUGAAGAACUGAAUAAUAAUUUAUUAUAAAAUAUGUCCAUUCGCGAUGUCAAAUUAAUUACUCAAUAGAGUAAUAGAAAGUCUUCAAUAUGAAUCAAGCACAUUUUUAUUUCUUGUUUGUCGUUUAAAAAAUUGCAUAUAUAAAUACAUAUACGUAUUACAUGAUAA